GGCUUGUUUCACCUAGGCGGAUAUCAAUCCAGGAUUCGAACUAGUGACCGUACGUUUGAGAUAGCACGCCACUUGCCACUAAACUAUCCCCGCAGCUUCAUAUUGAAUCGACCGCGCGCUCGAUUGGCACAUUUUGCAGACAUGGGCCAUCUUCAACGUCAGAUUCAGGAGCUCAAAUUACCAUCAUCUUUCCAUAAUGAAACCUUUCUUCAACAGAUCCUAUGUUUCUUCACUUUGAGAAGAAUAACAGCAUUCGAGCACAUACCGUUUUGCCGUUUCCGACUUCAAGAUAACACAACGAGCAAGACUAAGAAAAAUCCGUCCAUGAUUGAUGAGUAUCUUGGCGCCGAGUAUGAAUGCGCUUAUGAGAGCUUUUGCCCAGAUCCAUGUUGUCAUGGCGUACAUUCGUCGUCAGAGUUAUUUUCUUCGAGGCAGUGUGCUCUCAAUAAAUGUGUAACCUGUGUUCAGGCGGAGUUCAACGACGAUUUCGCAGCGAUGAGAAAGAAUCGAUGGAAUAUUACAUGUCCUUGUGGUCGUGGCCUAAUGUACAGAGCCGACGUUGAGACCUGUGUUCAUGCAGAUCUUUGCAGUGAUGAAAGCAGAUGU